CAACUCUACCAUCACGAACGCAUUGAGCGAUCGGAUCUUUCAAGAGUUCAAGCUCGCAAAAAUGGGACUCCUCGCAGAAAACAAGACUCGACGGAAGAUCAACAAGGAUCCAAACAACACAAAAUGGACUAAAGAUACGAAUACCUUCGGCCAGAAGAUCCUGCGAGCUCAAGGCUGGCAACCGGGCCAGUUCCUCGGAGCACAAGAUGCGCCGCACUCGGAAUUGCACACGGCCGCCAACGCCUCAUACAUUCGCGUGGUUCUUAAGGAUGACAUGAAGGGAUUGGGCUUCAGCAAGUCGAAAGAGGAUGAAGUUACUGGUCUAGAUGUCUUUCAAGAUCUGCUCAGUCGACUCAACGGAAAGACGGAUGAUGCCAUCGAGGAGGAUCAACAAGCGCGACUCGCUGUGAAGACGCACCACUUUGUUGAGCAACGAUACGGAGCCAUGAAGUUCGUCUACGGUGGUCUACUGGUGGGCGAUGAGAUGAAGGAAGUGGAAGAGAAGAAGGCCGACCAGCAAACAGAGUCAAACUCCGACGAGGACGUUGUCAUGGAAUCCGCCCCUGCACCGAAAGAAUCCAAAAAGGAGAGGAAGUCUAAGAAGAGAAAGGCAACCGACGACGAGGAUGAGGAGGAAAGUUCAAGUCGAGAAACCGAUUUAAAGAGCAAGAAAAGACGCAAGGAAGAGCGAAAAGUAAAGGACGGCGAUAUUGACGACACCAGGGCCAAGAAGAAGAAAGAGAAAAAAGACAAGAAAGAGAAGUCCCGCAAAAAGUCCACAGAGGACAUCUCAGACGACGAGAAUGUCGAAGAGCGCUCAAAGAAGCGGAGGUCCAAGUCCAAGGAUAAGAGCCGGUCCCCUGAGGGCUCAGACGAAGAAAAGGUGAAGGACAAGAAGUCUAAAAAAGAUAAGAAAGAUAAGAAGAAGCGCAAGAAGGAGGAGCAAGCAUCCGAAUCAACCAGCACAUCAGUCACACAGAACUCUACGCCCACGGCUUCGGUCCCUGGGACAGGAGCCACAACACCAUCUGGCACAUCGACACCUAGAGGGAGCAGGAAUUUUGUGCGGUCACGAUUUAUUGCGCAAAAGAGACAGGCUGUGCUUGACACCAAGGCACUGAACCAGAUUUUCAUGGUUAAAGCAUAGAAUAUGAAGAUGUAAACAGGUUGCUUGGAUACGCACUUGGAAGCACCUAGACUAGAUGGUUGAGGAUAUGUAGAUCAUGACUGUCGGAUAUACGGAUGUAUAUUGCAUAGUUGCGGAGGCGUCAGGUCGCAUGGUAAUGUUAGAAGAGUCUUAUAUUGCAUUAUGAAAUAGCUGAACCAGCAUCUCACGGUAAAAAUAUCUUCACCAGAAGGAUCAGUUCCGAUUUGGAGAAUAACACGAUUUACUUCAAUGUGUAAUUGCAUGGCACAACUCCUAUACCAAACUCGAAGCAUGGAUCUCUGGUUUAUACGUGCAGAUCACGAAACAUUCUUCACAAAGUAGGAAUGCAGUAAGUUGGAUCACAUUACU